AUUGAGUUCAGGAAUUGACCGCAAUACAACUGUUGACGCGAGUUCGAUCUCUUUGAUCUUAUACAGAGUGUUGCAUGCAUUUAUAUAAUACUUACGUCUACUCUUCGAUUGUAAGACCAAAAGAAAUAACAAAAGUGCAGGAUUGAUUGAUGCAUGAAUUACGGUUUUUGAGUAUAUCGACUACUAUCUGAUAUUCAAUAAGAGUUAAUCGACUUCAUACUCCCUGUUUAAUUGUAUGACAAUAUCCUCUGGACCGAAAGUCUAUCUUGUCCCUAAUCUACUGAAACGAUUAGAGUCAAAGAAGAAAAGAUAAAACAAAGUAUCUACAAAAGAGAAUCUACGAGAGACAGAAUACAAUUUGAGCCCAGAAUAAAACUAUAGUCGAUUCAUUAGUCUCGAGUGUUCACCUGCCUCUAGUAAUUAUUGAUAAAAGAAAAAAACAAGAUGAAUAAAGCAUCAUGCUACCUUUAGAGACCACUUAAAGUGGAUUGCGUGUAAUAACCAGUCAAUCAAUUAAUCGGCGUAAUCGACGUCGGUGAUGAGGUAGAUGUGUUUCGUUCGUGUAGAGUUUAGAGUAGCCGACGACGUCGAAAAGUUAGGAUGCGACGAGUUGCACUCCUCACUGCACUUAUGUUCGCCAUAAGUUCACCCCAAGGCUUGAUGGACGCUGACAGUCUCUACAGCGACAACGCCACUAAAAAUCAUAUGACAAGGGCACGCAUCGUUUUGCCCGAAUAUUAUGCAAAAGAGAUCAGACCGCCUUCAAAAAAAGGAACACCAGUGGUGGUAGAUUUUAAUGUUUACGUGGUGGACAUUAAUUCUAUUAACGUAGAAGACAUGGACUUUCGGGUGGACAUGUUUGUUCGACAAAGUUGGACGGAAUUAAGAUUACAUAUGCCGGAAGACAUAUUUGAGGAUGGCAACGAUUACGUGACAUUGCCUCCGGAACUCUUUGACAACUUAUGGCAGCCAGAUCCAUACUUUCUGAACUCGAAGGUUUCCGAGAUUGCUACACUCACCCACAAGUUUUCGUCGGUGACGGUUUAUCGAAAUAAAACAGUCAGAUAUGCGGCAAGGAUGCACGCCAUUAUCGCUUGUCAAAUGGAAUUCCAGUUGUAUCCAAUGGAUAUUCAAGUCUGUCCUAUAAACAUUGAGAGUUUUUCAUACAACAAUCAGAAGUUGCGUCUACGUUGGGGCGACGGCGGCGUUACGGUAAAUCCUGAACUAAAGUUGCUUCAGUAUAACGUGGGGAAACCAUUGCAACUGGAAGAAACGACAGGCUUCAUGUUAGACAAAAAUGGAAACUUUUCCAGAUUAGUCAUUUACUUUCGAUUUGAAAGACAAAUUGGACAUCAUCUUAUACAAACCUUUGCACCAUCCACCUUGGUGGUAAUGUUAUCCUGGUUCAGUUUUUGGCUCGGUUUGGACGCCAUUCCUGGGAGAGUAACCCUUCUGGUGACGAGCAUGUUAACUCUUGUUACUAUGUUCACCGGGCUGAAAACAGACAUUCCACCAGUAGCCUAUGUGAAGGCCCUGGACCUGUGGAUGGCCGGCUGUAUGGUCUUCGUAUUCGCCGCCCUGGGCGAAUUCGUCGUUGUCAAGGUAUUGGAUUUGCGCUGUCAAUUGGAAAUAGAUGCGCUCACGAAUUCGACUAUCCCCAGGUUGCUCUCAGCGAGAGUCGGUGCUACUGAGAAGGGUCAAUUCAUAACAGCAUGGGACUGUGAAUCCAAUUGCAUGCAACAAUCGCGUAAUAAGAGAGUCGGAAGUCGUCAUCUCUUACACAAUUCCUGGCUAGAGACUGAGGUUGCUUCUCAAUACGUAAGCGAGACAAGAUCAAUGCUUAUCGAUCGUCACAGUCGCAUAGUAUUUCCGGUAUUGUUUCUCUUAUUUGUUGUAUUGUACUGGCCGAUACUCCUUCUCAAGAAAUCUUCCUAACCGUUGAAUUAUACAUUAAAAAAAAAACAGGAAGAGAUUUCACAAGAUGAAUGCAGGAGUAAGCUAAACAGUUAAUUGGUUGACAACACGAUACAUAGUAAUAAACCUAACUGUUAUUAACUCAACAUUUUUACUAUUCUCAGUCGCGUUAAAAAAUUAUUUUGAGUUUUAAGCUGCGCUUAAUUGUCUCCCAAUAGUUUUGACCUUUACUUGAAGAUAAAAAUGAGGAUAACGCUGCAUUCCCGUUAUAAAUGAAAACAAAACUAAGAAUAGUCGAUGUGUUCUUUCGAUUCUUUAACAUUUAAUAAAUUUAACAUUAUUAUGAAUUGCGUGUCACCUUGACUUAAGGGUAAUCAAUUCUGUCGAUAGAUAGGAAUUCAAACUUGUUCAUUUAAAAAUUGUACAGUUUGUGUAAAAUAAAAUUAAAGUAUUUACUGGGUA